UAGCCAAACCGAGAAGUGAAAGGGUGAAAGAAUGGCAUAGCGUAAUAUCACGGAUUACAGAUACUCUUUCAGAAACAAUGACUGGAAAACCUCAGUAUAAUGGCUACCAGUCUGCAAUAUCGGCACAGCCUGCCGUGGGAGGCCAGGCGUAUUUGUUUGGGAACGCUUCAGAGACGGAAUUUUCUGAGGAAGAUGGGGAAAGCUAUGAACUGCGCUCUCGAGCUAAAGACAAGCUUCGUAGGAGCACCUCCAGAGAUCGUCUGGAUGAUAUAGUUUAUCUACUAAAAGACAUUAAGGAGGGAGACACACUCAACAGCAUCUCUCUUCAGUAUUUCUGUUCAGUUGCAGACAUAAAAAGGGCCAAUAAUCUCUUGACGGAGCAGGACUUCUUUGCACUGAGGUCCAUAAAGAUUCCAGUGAAGAGGUUCAGCAUUCUGACAGAGACCCACAGCACUGCCCCCCUCAAACCUGGCUCUCCCAUUGGCUCUCGCCGCGUCACAGAAUUCCCCUCCACUUCUGCUGCUUGCACAGACUCCUCCUCGUCCACGGACAGCGUGGAAGGCUUUCUGCAGGAGAAGGAUAAGGAUAUCGAGGAGCUUGUGAAGUCCUCGAGUCCCUCCAGGAAUAGCCUUAACGAGGUGGUAUCCUCCCUUAGUCCCGAGCAGCCUUUGUUGGGGGACCCAGAACGGCGACAACCCCCCCGGAAAGAUCCCUACUAUGGGGCGGACUGGGGAAUGAGGUGGUGGACAGCAGUGGCCAUCAUGUUAGUAGUGGGCAUUGUCACACCAGUUUUCUACCUCCUGUAUUACGAAGUGCUCAUGAAAGCAGAUAUAAGCCACCACACAGCCAACGGGUCCGUGCUGGCUGGGCCUACGUCGGCUAGUUUGAGGCAUGCUUCUGAAUCCGUGCAGAUGGAAAAUGCCCCUCACCAACAUUCACACCUGAACCCUAAUGUAGGACAAGGAGUUCCUCUAGAGAACCAUCGAUAAAAAAAACUAACAGGGGAACCAGACCAGGGACCACAGGAGAAAUAGCCUAAUUUGCGGCAUUUUUUGAUCUCUCAACCUCAACCACUUUGUAGGGAAAUUAAUGGUACUGUUGAAUGAGGACGGGCUGGAUGAAUAGUAGCGAAAGGCAUUGUUGUCACUGAAGUGAUAUAUUUUGCACAAUGGGAUCCAGUUUUUCAUUUUUUUUUCUUCCUGGUUAGUUCUAUAAAAGCAACAUUCACAGGAAGGUGACAGUAUAGUUGUAUAAUAUGUUUUGCUCUCUGGGACACCACUAAGCAAACUCGUGUUCCAGAUCAGCUUUUAAUAGACAUGGAGAUUUUAAGAAUCCUCAAGACUUAAAAGCAGCCAGCAUUUGAUUGUUCAGACUUCAAAGGAAUAAGAGAUCUUUUCCAGGACACUAGACCACAAGUUCAACAAUUCCUCCCUUGGAUUUAUUGUUUGUUUGUUUCAAAAGUAGAACUGCUAGAAUUGCAAGAAUCUCCAUCUUUUUGUCAGGGAUAUACACAAUAAUUUAUUUGAAAAAAAAAUAUUGUGAUAAAAUCAGUAUUGUGGGUGAUGUCGGCUCUGUUGUAGGUAUUCUUCACUUUGCUUGAAAACUUUUUCUCAACAUGGGAAGACUGUGUUGAUGCAGUGUACCACACAUAGUGACGAGAACAUGAAAAUGAAAUGUGAAAUGAACAUUUUUUUAAUGCUAAUCUUUCAUGUUAAACAGCAGAGUUGCAAUUUCCUCUGAGUUCCUCUGUCUAAACCAUGUCACAGUUUUUAUGACUGCAAUGCAUUUUGAACUGUAUGUGCCUUCAUCCUGUGGACUGUAGUUACA